AAACUGUGCUGGAGAGUUUGCUGCUUCCCCAGGGACUUUUUCUGAGGUUACUCCCGAGCACCCAAAGUCCUUCCAUCUCUGGCCUUACAAACAGGCAGGCACAGGAGAUUUUCAUUCAUCCCCUAGUCCCCUGCAUGCAGGCUUGGGGCUGUUUGCUCCAGAGUCUCCAUCUGCUUUGCUGAUCAACUGCUUGGACAUACUCAAGCAGCACAGACUCAAGGAUACAGCACAUGAUUUGGAAGUUACUCUUUGUGACAUGGAUGAAUCUGCACUGACGCUUGGCACAAUAGACGUUUCUUAUUUGCCAAAUUCAUCUGAAUACAGUAUUGGUCGAUGUAAGCAUGCAAGUGAGGAAUGGGGUGAGUGUGGUUUCAGACCACCUGUCUUCAGAUCUGCAACCUUAAAGUGGAAAGAAAGCCUAAUGAGCCGGAAAAGGCCCUUUGUGGGACGAUGUUGUUAUUCCUGUACUCCUCAGAGCUGGGAUAGAUUUUUCAACCCCAGUAUCCCAUCUUUGGGUUUGCGGAAUGUUAUUUACAUCAAUGAAACUCACACAAGGCACCGAGGAUGGCUGGCAAGACGUCUUUCUUACGUGCUUUUCAUUCAAGAGCGAGAUGUCCAUAAAGGCAUGUUUGCCACCAACGUGACUGAAAACGUACUGAAUAGCAGUAGAGUACAAGAGGCAAUUGCAGAAGUGGCUGCUGAAUUAAACCCUGAUGGUUCUGCUCAGCAGCAGUCAAAAGCGGUCAAUAAAGUGAAGAAGAAGGCCAAAAAGAUCCUUCAAGAAAUGGUUGCCACUGUCUCACCGGCAAUGAUCAGACUAACUGGAUGGGUGCUGCUAAAACUGUUCAACAGCUUCUUUUGGAAUAUUCAAAUUCACAAGGGUCAACUUGAGAUGGUUAAAGCUGCAACUGAGAUGAAUUUGCCGCUUAUAUUUCUACCAGUUCAUAGAUCACAUAUUGACUAUCUCCUGCUCACUUUCAUUCUCUUCUGCCAUAACAUCAAAGCACCUUACAUUGCUUCAGGGAAUAAUCUCAACAUCCCCAUCUUCAGUACCUUGAUCCAUAAGCUUGGGGGCUUUUUCAUACGACGGAGGCUAGAUGAGACGCCAGAUGGACGGAAAGAUAUUCUCUAUAGGGCUUUGCUCCAUGGGCAUAUAGUUGAACUACUUCGACAGCAGCAGUUCUUGGAGAUUUUUCUGGAAGGCACACGCUCUAGGAGUGGAAAAACCUCCUGUGCUCGGGCAGGACUUUUGUCAGUUGUGGUAGAUACUCUCUCCACCAAUACCAUCCCAGACAUCUUGAUAAUACCUGUUGGGAUCUCCUACGAUCGUAUUAUUGAAGGUCAUUACAAUGGCGAGCAAUUGGGAAAACCUAAGAAAAAUGAGAGCCUCUGGAGUGUAGCGAGAGGUGUUAUCAGAAUGUUACGAAAAAACUACGGAUGUGUCAGAGUGGACUUUGCACAACCAUUUUCCUUAAAGGAAUAUUUAGAAAGCCAAAGUCAGAAACCUGUGUCUGCUCCUCUUUCUUUGGAGCAAGCAUUGUUACCAGCAAUCCUUCCUUCCAGACCCAAUGAUGCUGUUGAUGAAGGUACAGACAUGUCCAUCAAUGAGUCCAGAAACGCAGCAGAUGAAUCCUUCCGAAGAAGACUCAUUGCAAAUCUGGCUGAGCACAUUCUCUUCACGGCUAGCAAGUCUUGUGCCAUUAUGUCAACCCAUAUCGUGGCCUGCCUGCUCCUCUACAGACACAGGCAGGGAAUUGAUCUCUCCACAUUGGUGGAAGACUUCUUUGUGAUGAAGGAGGAAGUCCUGGCUCGUGAUUUUGACCUGGGUUUCUCAGGAAAUUCAGAAGAUGUAGUCAUGCAUGCCAUACAGCUGCUGGGAAACUGCAUCACGAUCACCCACACCAGCAGGAAUGAUGAGUUUUUUAUUACUCCCAGCACAACGGUCCCGUCAGUCUUUGAACUCAACUUCUACAGCAAUGGGGUACUCCACGUCUUUAUCAUGGAGGCCAUCAUAGCCUGCAGCCUCUAUGCAGUUCUGAAGAAGAGGGGCUCAGGAGGGCCUGUGUCUCCCAGCCUGAUCAGCCAGGAGCAACUGGUGCGGAAGGCCGCCAGCCUGUGCUACCUGCUCUCCAACGAGGGCACCAUCUCUCUCCCCUGCCAGACAUUUUACCAAAUUUGCCAUGAAACAGUAGGCAGGUUUAUCCAGUACGGCAUUCUCACAGUGGCAGAGCAAGACGAUCAGGAGGAUAUUAGUCCCAGUCUUGCUGAGCAGCACUGGGACAAGAAGCUCCCUGAACCUCUGUCAUGGAGAAGUGAUGAGGAAGAUGAAGACAGCGAUUUUGGUGAGGAGCAGCGAGAUUGCUACCUGAAGGUGAGCCAAUCCAAGGAGCACCAGCAGUUCAUCACCUUCCUGCAGAGGCUCCUUGGGCCAUUGCUGGAGGCCUACAGCUCUGCUGCCAUCUUCAUUCACAACUUCAGUGGUCCCGUCCCGGAGCCUGAGUACCUGCAGAAGCUGCACAAGUACCUGAUAAACAGAACAGAAAGAAGAGUUGCAGUAUAUGCUGAGAGUGCCACAUAUUGUCUUGUGAAGAAUGCUGUGAAAAUGUUUAAGGAUAUUGGGGUUUUCAAAGAGACCAAACAAAAGAAAGUGUCUGUUUUAGAACUCAGCAGCACUUUUCUACCUCAGUGCAACCGGCAGAAACUCCUGGAAUAUAUCCUGAGCUUUGUGGUGCUGUAGGUAACUCCUGGCACCUCUGCAGGUGAAGGGUGUGGGAUGAGUCCUUCGUAGGCUCCAGCCUCUGGCUCGAGAGUGGAAGGUGCUGUGGUGUGGUCGGGCCUGGCCUGUCCUGAUGCGACCUCCUGGAAGACAAGUGCCUUCUCCCCUCCAUGGUCUGUGCCCAUCCGACUCCGAGAUGACACAGCUGCCUACAGAUCCCACUGUGGGGCCUCCGCCCCCAGUCACAGUUCAUAAUCAAGAGAUGACGAGAUGAAAUCGCAAAUGAUUAUUUUGGAGUUGAUUAAAGAUUGACAUUUUAAGUAUAACAGUUAAGGACUAAUUACUGUGAUGGACACAAAAAUGUAGUUGAUUCUAGAACUGAGUCUUGUAUAGUGUACUUAAUGCUGUCAGGUAAUUUGUUGGUAUAUUUUCUGAUUAAUGGUUAAUGCUUCCUUUAAAGAUAAUUGUGUCAUCCAUCCACUGUUUUUUGUUUGUUUUUGUCUUUUCAGUUUUAUCUUUGUCAGUCGUAGCUAAAUUUUCAAGGGGAACACUUUUCAUCCCAAGUGCUUUACAAAUGAAGGGCGAAUGCACGUCACACCCAGGUAUCACUGUGCUGUCCUCUGCAGUCAGAUUUGGAAAGCAUCUUGAGAGCUACGUGGAGACACAAUAUUCAUUUAGGUCAGGAGUACAGAUAAUGUGACCAAACAGCUAACACCAGGAAGUAAAUUCAGGGUAAACGUGGCCAGAAAACUGACUUUGAAAAAAUAACGUGCCACUGAGUUGUAAAUGACCAGCGAGUAUUUAGGGACAACUCCUAUUUUAUGUCUGUAUCCUUUCCCACCCUUCAGAUGGUACCUGCCCCUCCCAGGUACAGCUGUUUCUCAGAGAGAGCCACUGUCCUAACGCAUUCACUUGGCCUGAGAGCCUGUGUUAUCCUAAAGUGCUCUGGCUGCAGGCAGCCGACCCAGGCGUCUCCUGCCCUGCAGACAUGUCGUGCACUGCAUGCCCCUCUCUGGGUGGUACCCACUCAAGUUGGGCACAGUACAACCUGUGCAGUAUAUGUGAUGGGCCUGCGGUUUGGCACAUGGUUGGAGGCAUUUAUGGAUUUUUUUUAGCUGUGAGGAAAAAUCAUGGUUCCUUAAAAACAUGUGUGGAUUAUAUUCUGAAACUCUGAUGUCACAUAGUGGCAAAUAACUAUGAAUUGUUCAUAACAGGUAGGUGCCUUUCUGUGAGCAGGGGUCAUAAUUAUUAACUAACUGUGGUAAUUAUGGUGAUUUCUUAAAAAUCAUGUGAUAUUAAAUGUUUUCUAACAGCUUACUGUUCCUUCUCUUCUCUCCAUGAUAUUAUGGAAUCAGGAAUUCUUCCUGGUGAAUGUUGUAGAUAGUCUUUGCAUUUAAUAGAAAAGUACUGAGAAUCAAGUUUGUACUUUCAUCAGCGUGGGUUUUAAACACUCAUACGGUCUCCUGACUGUUGAGAGAGGGAGAGAUACUCAUUGGUAUUUCACAGUGUAUGAAAUUUUUGAAACUCAGAGCAAUAAUGCUAUGCUGUUGUGAUUUUCUUCCAUUCUUCUCAAAUUCUACUGUUAAAAUAUAUGUUUUCCUUAUAGGACUCCCUGCUGUUGAGCCAUUGUCAGUGUUGCGGUGACUCUGGGGUGGAGUGGGGUCCUCACUGGUUAGCAUUCCAUUUUCCUAAGGAGAAUGAGCCCUGCGACUGGGGGAACAGCCGGGAGGCUUGUGUAUCCCCUUGUGUGUUCCUUAUCUAGGCAAGCAAACACUUCACUAGUCCUUUCUUCAUCCUCUAAAUUAUAGACCGAGGAUUUCUCAGCCUUUUUAAGUCAAGGUCGGGACUGCUGCUCUGCCUGUGACUUCUGCUAAGAGCUGCUGAUGCACCAGCCUGACCAGGGGACCAUGGCUUCUCUGGCUUUAUUUUCCCUUUCAGUUGGUUUGUUUUCUAGAAAUCUAAUCAGAUGCUUUGGGGAAUGCAAUGUGUGAUUUGCUAGCUCUCUCGCCACCUUAACUCACUGUGAGAAUAAAUAUGCAUGCUUUCUGUAAUUAACUGGUGCUUUGAAAACCUUUUUUAAGGAAGACAAAUCUCAACCAAAGUUCUGCUCAUCCGGACAAGCUCACCCUCGAGUUAAUUUUCGCACAGCUCACUCUUCAGUGCCUCAUUACCGAACGAUCAUCCGUCAUCCCAGUAAGGCUUCCAGAUAGCACUGUUUUGCUAAAAGAUUUAUUCUUAUUGUUUUCCAAAAGCGAAUGGCUUUCAUGUAAGAUUAAACAAACUAGGUGCUUAUAAAUAAUUUAUUACAGUUUACUCUGUUGCAUUUCUAUGAAACUGAAAUGCAUGCCCUCCAGGGAAAGGCAGACUGUGAAUCAGGUUAAAAAGCAAACAAAAAGACCCGAUAAUAAGCAAUAUGAAACUGCUCUCUUUCACAACGAGAAGUUCCUAAGUGAUUCAGAAGAGGAGAAGAAAAUUUUGCUCUCAAAACUUUAAGAAAAAAGGAAAAAACUAGCAUGAAAUGUGUAGGACUAGUAACAGAGAAAGUGCUAUGAGACUUGCUUCUCAGAUCUGUGAACUCUCACAAAGUCACAAGAGCGAGUGGAGAAAAUAAGUUAGGGACUGCAAUGACUAUUGUAAACUCAGACUGUGGGAUUUCCACUCUGAAGGGAAAAGCAUUCCCCAGAGUUCUCCAUGCGUGUGAGUGCUCUGUGGGAUGUUCCUGGGUGUUUUGUAAAAAAAAGUGUUGCUGGUAACAUCAAUUUGCACGUGGACCCUCUUUCCUAGAAAUUCACAGUGCACUUGUAAGGGCUUCAGGGUCUGCCAGUACCAAGCCUGUUUAACCCAGCAUUUCCCAAUCCAUGUGACCCCAGGGCCUUUUUCUCCUUGGGGACACCUAUGGACCUCUCAUUAGGUUCAUAGAAGACAUUUUGGGAAACACUAUGUCAGGUGGUUCUUUAAGGGGACAAAAUAACUCCCAGAUGGCACGGAGGCAGAAUUUGCAUACAUUUUGUAAAUCAAAUGUUGCAUUUAAUGGAUGUAUAUUUCCUCUUCUAGAGAUGAUAAGCACAGAAAUCGAUCAUACAGUUGGUCAGAGCUCUUUCCUUAAUGAUUAUGGGUUCUUUUCACUGAAAGUAGCAAAAUAAACACUAGGAUUAAUUGAGGUAAAAAAUUAAGAUUUUAAUUCAGAUCUAGAAGAAAUUAUUGCACAAUUGAAUGCAGCUUUUUAUCCACAGGUAGUUCUAGCGUUUAGAAAUGAUAGGACUUACCACUGAGGUUUAUAAGACUUAAUUUGGCUGUAAAUCUGUUUUUUAAAACACUCUUUGUAGGAACUUGAGACUUGGCAUCUGGCAUUUUAGUUUAAUACAAACUAAUGAUUGCAUUUGAAAGAGACUUUUGACUCUACUGGUAAACAUCUAAACUCUGAAAUGCCUUGAUGGAAGGUGUUAAACUAUUUGCCUGUUGUACAAAGAAAUGUUAGAUUGUUGUAGAAAGAUGUACUAUAAAGUACCGGAAAAAUGACACGGUGUGACGUCACGAGUGAAACUUAUAUGGAAACUUUUUUUUAUGCCUGUUAAUAUAUUGUAAGACACACAGAAGUGUAGUUUUGUUUUAAUAAACCGAAAAGUGAAUGUA